GACACUGGGAUGGAUACUGGGUGCACUGAGGGGGAUGGUGGCUGUACUGGGGGGCACUGGGAGAAACAGGAGGAUACUGGGAGGGAUACUGGGGCAGACUGCGAGUGCUGGGCAGGGCUGUCGCACCCCCCUGCCCCUCCUCCGACAUUCCCAAUGCUCCCAGUUCGCCCAGUUGGCACGGCUGCAGCGGGAACUGGGCCCCGAGGCCUUUCCCCUGGUCCCACAGCGCUUCUGCAACCGCCCCCGCGGACUGCUGACGGCCCCCAACCUUCCCCAUGACGGUGAUGCUCAGCCCCGCCCCCCGCAGGGGGUGGGCAAGGUGAGGCCCCGCCCCUUCCCUGACAAGCCCCGCCCCCUCCCCGACUGCCAUCAACCUGGGAUUGGGGGGGGUGUGGCCUCAAGGGGGCACAGCCCGUGGGGCAGGGCACGUGUGCGGGUGGGGACACCGGAGGCAUUGGGGGCGGUGGCCGGGGCCAUGGGCGGGGCCCGGGCGGGGGCCCUCCUCCAGGGGGUCCCCGGGGGGGGGCCAGCGCCUGUGGCCGCUGGUGGGCCGGGGACCCCCCCGGGGGAGGGGGACCCAGAUGGAGCCGGUGGCCCUGAGCCCACGGCACCCGUGGUUGGGUGGAUGCCUGCGCCCGCCUCUUCGGGGGGCGUCGACAUCUGCGGGGUGGAGGCUCUGCGGGGGCCCGAUGGGCGGGAGCACAUCGUCCAGGUGCUGGGCUCCUGGAUGCCGUUGCUGGGGCCGGGAGCGGCCCGAGGAUCGGGCCCGCAUUGUGGAACUGGUGUUGGACCGGAUGAGGGCGGAGCUGCCCCGCCCACGGAGCCCCUCCCCUGCACGGCCACGCCCACAGAUGCCGGUGACAUCAGGGUCCCCCCGGCCGGGGACCCCCCCCCCAGCAGCGACCCCCACCCCAGGGGGCUCCACCGCCGUCUGGCCCCGCCCAGCCCCGCCCCUCACCGCAAGGGCAGCCCCGGCCUCUGGGAGGUGGGGGUCUCACCACGCCCUGCCUCACCUGGCCCCCGCCCCACUGCGAGGCCCUGCCCAGCCUCGCCCUCUGGGCCCACAGCCCCGCCCCCAGACACCACCUGCUGCUGGGCAGCCCCCGCCCACAAGCCACGUCCACAUCCCCACAGCCCCGCCCACAAGCCCCCGCCCACUUCCUCCCAGCCCCGCCCCCCAGUCCCCGCCCUCCAGGCCCAGCCACCCCUCCUCAAGCCCGCCCUCAGGCUCCGCCCACUUCCCCCCCAGCCCCGCCCUCAGGCCCCACCCACUUCCCCCCAGCCCCGCCUCCCUGGAUCCCCCCAACCCCGCUCCCAAGCCCCACCCACUGCCACUCAGCCCCACCCCCCAGCCCACUAG